AGAUCAUUACCUCAACAACUUCCUAAUGGACUUGGAAAAUGGCUGCUCCAGGGUUGUUCACUAAGACAGAGAGGUAUAACUCUGCCAAGAGUCUUGUGUGUCUCCUUCAGGCGAUGGCAGGUCGCCCCACUAUCAUAGAGCUGCGUAAUGAGCUGACUGUGUGUGGAACUGUGGCUAUGGUUGACUCCAAUAUGAAUGUCACCUUGACCAAAUCAACACUGAGAAAACUGAAUGAUGAGAGUGUGGAGUACGAGCAGUUGUUCAUCCAUGGCAACCAGAUACGCUAUGUGCAGAUGCCUGAUGAUUUCAAUGUGAGUGUUUUGUUAGAGAGACAGGUCAAAGGUCUCCUUGGAGGUGGGGAGGUUACAAAGAGGAAGAGGAUGUCUAGAGCACGGCUCAACAGACAACUGGAGGAGAAAGCUAUCGUGAGAGCCUAUAAACUAGGCAAGGGAAGAGCCACCAACACUUGAUACUGACUGGAACACUUACAUUCAGAUUGUAUUAUUAUCAUGAUGUUCACUCCAGGUAGUAGUAGCGUUAUAGAUCGGUUCCAGUUCAAUUCCUGUCAAUAGCAUAAAGUUUUUCAGUUUA